AAUAUGGAUAUGAUUUAUAAAAUAUAAACACCAUCAUCAUCAACAGGGAGGGAGGGAGCUGAACGUUUGACUUGGAUGAAGAGCGAGCAAGAGGCGAUUCGGAAGUCAAUCGCAAUCGGAUAAAUUCAUCUUCUCUUCUUCUAAAGAUCUAUGCGCUCAGAAUUUAUGCUUGUUUGUAAACUGUAUAGCUGGCAUUGAUGGUCAUCUAUCGCAGACCCAUUCUACUUUAGUGUUGUCGAUUCAAGCAUGAGUUAUCACCAUACAAAUUCGAUUUAGUCUUCAUGGUAUUCUGAAACCAAGAUUUGUCUGCGUCAAAAUUAAUAGUUUUACAAUGGAACAAUCAAAAUCUGACAGCCAUAUUCAAUACAAUCCAGUUCAGCAUGAGAAUAUGGACUCUAUACACUCAUCUCAAAGCUUUCAAAACACAAACGCUAGACCUACUUCUGUAAAACCUGUGUUAAAUUAUUCGAUCCGGACCGGUGAAGAAUUUGCUCUAGAAUUUAUGCGGGACCGUGUAAACCCUAGGAUGCCAUAUCAUGCUGGCGAUCCAAGCCGUACGCCUGGCUACCUGGAACUAAAGGGCAUUCUAGGCAUCAGCCAUACCGGAUCGGAAAGCGGGUCAGAUAUUUCCAUGAUUAAUAUUGUAGAAAGAGGUUCAACCCGUUUUGAAAAUAACCACCAAACUUCAUCAGAUUUUAACAGUUCACUUGGAUCAGAUAGUUCACCGAAGAUAAAAAUUAUGUGUAGUUUUGGUGGUAAAAUAUUGCCUCGCCCAAGUGAUGGAAAGCUAAGAUAUGUUGGAGGAAGUACACGAAUUAUUCGCAUAAGAAAAGAUAUAUACUGGCAAGAGUUACGCCAAAAAGCAAUAGAAAUUUAUAUUGAAACUUGUGCAAUUAAAUACCAGCUUCCCGGGGAGGAUCUUGAUGCUUUAGUUUCGGUUUCAUGUGAUGAAGAUUUACAGAAUAUGUUGGAGGAAUGUAACGUAUUAGGUGUAGGAGAAGGGUCACAAAAGCUUAGGUUGUUUUUAUUUUCUUUAAGUGAUUUAGAUGAUACUAGUUUCAGUCAUGUUAAUUCUGGUGGUGAUAAUGAAUUCCAAUUUGUGGUUGCUGUAAACGGGAUGGAUAUUGGUUCAAGACGGGAAUCAGCAAAUGAUCUUGAUGGCCAAAAUGUUGAGAGGAAUACGUCGUCACCUUCUACUUUUAUUGACCUCAAUGUUCCUGUUCCGUCAAAUGCCUAUGGAGAAGCCGAUCUAGAUGCUUGUGUUCCACAAAAGGAGGAGAAACCAAAGGGGGAUACUUCUAUGAAGCAAGAAGUUAAACAAACCAACGUUAAAUCCCCAAGAGAUGACGUGGCAUCAACAGUUGUUCCACCACCUAGUGAAGGAAAGCUUCCCCCAAAACCUAAAAUGAAUGAAGACCAGAUACAUGCAAAGGUUGUUACAUCUAUCGACAAUGAUUCGUUUACAGCUGUGGCUCCCGAUAACUCGGGCUCUGAUCUUAUUGAUUUGAGUUACCUUGAACCGCCUUCACGAGUUUAUCAUUCCGAGAGAAUUCCGCGUGGGCAGAUGGAGAAAAACAGGCUGACCAAGUCAGACGAUUCACUCGGGUCUCAAUUGCUUGCUACACAUUUACAGUCUGAUGCUGACCAAAUCUCAGAAUCGGUUGGAAGUUUACGUACCGAAGAUUUCCCACCCCAUGGUGGAUUAGUCAACAAUGAGGCACCAAAAGUCAACACCGAUUUGGCUCCGGAUUCGGGUAAUGUAUCUGAAUCUGCGAUGAUUGAGAAGAAAGUUAAGUUCGAUAAACCAUCAGAAAGUGGAUCACAAGUGAAGCACCAUGACUAUCCUGCAGCUAACAGUCAGGCGACUAGUGGUGGUGAUCAAACUUUUGAAAGUGUUUCCAGGCCAGGGCAAGGAUCUAUUUUGAUUGAUAUCAAUGAUCGAUUUCCCAGUGAUUUUUUAUCUGAUGUAUUUGCAAGAGCGAUGAUAUCUGAAGAUUCACAUGGAAUUGGUGUUCUACCACAGGACGGUGUGGGAUUGAGCAUGAACAUUGCAAAUCAUGAACCUAAACAUUGGUCGUUUUUUCAGAAAUUAGCACAAAAUGAGUUUCAGGGUAAGGAUGUUUCUCUUAUUGACCAAGAUCAUCGUGUGGUUUUAUCCAAUGCUCAAGAAGAAGCAUCUAUGGGCUAUAAUGUUUCACAAUUUCCUGACGGCCGUAACACUUUCGUGGAAGAUGAAGAAAAAGAAAUCCAUGGUUCAGAAUCAACAUCUAUGCAACCACAUUCACUGAUGAAAAACAGUGAUGACCUGGCAGGAAACUUUAGAAUGCCCGACUCAGAGUAUGAGGUUGAGACAAGGAACGAUGGGCUGCCUUCAAUUGAUUCUCUAGGUGAUCUUGAUAUCAGUUCCUUACAGAUUAUAAGAAACGAAGAUCUUGAAGAAUUAAGGGAGCUUGGUUCGGGUACAUUUGGUACCGUGUAUCAUGGGAAAUGGAGGGGAACGGAUGUUGCGAUUAAACGCAUUAAGAAAAGCUGCUUUGCAGGGCGGUCAUCUGAACAAGAAAGAUUAACAGUAGAGUUCUGGCGAGAAGCUGUAAUUCUGUCAAAGCUUCAUCAUCCAAACGUAAUGGCAUUUUAUGGUGUAGUACAAGAUGGGCCCGAUGGAACAUUAGCUACUGUCACAGAGUUCAUGGUUGAUGGCUCACUAAGGCAUGUCUUACUUCGCAAAGAUAGGCAUCUUGAUCACCGAAAGAGGCUUAUAAUUGCAAUGGAUGCGGCCUUUGGAAUGGAGUAUUUGCACUCCAAGAACAUUGUGCAUUUUGAUUUGAAAUGUGACAAUCUUCUUGUGAAUAUGAAGGAUUCUUCACGCCCUAUAUGCAAGGUAGGUGACUUUGGACUGUCAAAAAUCAAGAGGAACACUUUGGUUUCAGGUGGAGUUAGGGGAACCCUGCCGUGGAUGGCUCCCGAGCUACUGAAUGGUGGAAGCAAUAAAGUUUCUGAAAAGGUUGAUGUUUUCUCCUUUGGGAUCGUGUUAUGGGAGAUUCUUACUCGUGAAGAGCCGUAUGCCAACAUGCACUAUGGUGCAAUCAUAGGAGGCAUAGUGAAUAACACGCUUAGACCUACGAUCCCAUGCGACUGUGAUCCUGAUUGGAGAAGGCUGAUGGAGCAGUGCUGGGCCCCGGAUCCUGCCGUGAGACCGUCUUUUACUGAAAUAACUAAUCAAUUACGCAUAAUGUCUGCAGCCCACAAAGCCCAUGCUCACAAGCCAUCUUAGAUUCACAUAUUUACCCCUUGAAUAUACAAACAAGGUAUACUUUAUCAUGAUUAAAUCCAAAUUAUUACUAUUAUUGUUAUUUAUGUAUCUUUUUUCAAAUAUAAAUUCGAGUAUUUGAUAACGUACAUGUCAAGUGGACAAUGUUAUCUGUAAGGACAUAAAGUCGAUACACUCAGCAUGUUUGAAUCCAUAUAUGUGUAUUUUUUCUACAUUUACCA